CCUUUCUGGUAUUUUACUAGAAAAUCUACACAGUUUAGUAUUCUGAAUUUCUGUCGAUUUUAUGACACAUAAGUAUUCAACGUUUGCCAAACAGGUUGGAGAAGACAUUUUGGAUCUUGAUUUAGUUGUGUAAAGUAUUUUCGAGAUAGAAGUUAUUUUACCAUUCAUUAGGAUGAUGUUUCUAUAUAUACUUGGCAUAUCAAGUUUAUACAUAAAAGCCAUUCACUCCUGUAGUGUACAUGUUUGUUUGACAUGGGAAGCUACAAAAGAGAACAUAACUUUCAAAUGUAAAGUUACCCAGUUAAGAUUUAAAGUUGACUUUUUUAAUCCGAAGAACGAAGAACAAGGAUACUGUACAAGCCCUCUACCAGAACCACGUUGUUAUUCGUCACAUAAUAUUAUAACACAGGAUCGACGAACAAACACAACUGUCCUUGUUAUAGAAAGGCAUGUAGACAACAAGCUCAAUGGACCUUGGAAAUGUAAUCAUGGCACAAACAUCGAGGCAGCAAUUGUUAAUUUAACAGUCUUACAACAAGAAACUUUCAAGAUAAUAUUUAAGAACGAUAUUUGUGGUGAGCAACAUAUGGCAUGGACUUUGUUCGGCGCUUUGAUAGGCUUAGUGAUAGUAUUAAUUUUGUGGAUAGUUUCCAAAACACGUCAAUGGUAUCUUGAUGCAGUAGAUUAUGUUAUAUACAAUUGGUGUAGAAAGUGUUGUAUUUGUAGAAAAAAUUGCUUCCAUGCAACGAGAUUUAUCAUUUGUAUUCUAUUGAUGUGUUUAACUAUUAGUAUUGCCUAUGCUAGUGGAUUACUGGAAAACAAGUGCAAAGAUAAAGAGUUAUUUAUAAUCUUUGGUGUUUGUAUGGUCCUAAUGUCUGUAAUAUGUCUGUCUUUUCCACAAACAGUUUCUAAAGAAAAAGAAUAUUGGAACAAAAGAACAAAGAAGGAACAAGAUCAAGCAAAGGCGAAAUUAGAAGAGGCGCUGAUAAAAAAAUAAAAUAAAAUAAAGUAUAACACAAAGAGAAUAACAAGAUGUAUGAACAAAUAUAUUUCAAUAUACAAAAAUAUAUAAAUCAAA